AUGAUACUGGAACGGAUGCAUGAAGCAGAAUGGGCUGAUGCUGGUGAGAUAAGAGGGCUAUUUUGUUUCUGUAAUAACGGAGGAGAUGAGAGUCAACAACAUGAUGUUGAUGCAACUUCUGCUGAGAAAUUGGUUGCUGAAAGGAGAUCUAAGAAAAUCCAUGAUCCUGCCAGAAUCAGAAAUCCUUCAACUAUGCAAGUUGACACCGAGGUGCAGGGUCAGUUAUUUAGGUGUUUUAUGGUUAGGGAGUUGAAACGUAGUAAUAGUGAUGCGUUUGUUAUCGAUAUUAAUGGGACGGAAUUGACAUUCGGUCUUUUUGAAUUUGCUUUAAUUACUGGUUUGAAGUGUUACGGGGAUGAAGUUGUUUUUGACGAGGGUCCUAACAGAUUGUUGGAUGAAUAUUUCGGUGGUUCUGACAAGGAUUGGGGUGUUGGUGAUAACGCAGAUGAAGAUGCUGUAAAGAUUGCGAUCCUGUAUUUCAUUCAUACUUACAUACUUUCAAGUGAAAAGAGGAACGUCACAGUCCCAAGACAUCAUUUUGACUUGGUGGAGAGUGAACAGUACAAUGAAUAUACAUGGGGUAAGGAAGCAUUUGAUGAUUUGAUUAAGAGUAUUCACCACAAGAUGGACAAGCCGAAACAGUUUUAUUGUCUACGGGGUUUCCCUUUUGCUAUGCAAGUGUGGAUAUAUGAGUGCUGCUCUAAUGUUGACCCCAAUUUAAUGGUUAAAACCGGAAGCCGAAUCCCAAGAAUGCUUAAUUGGAGAACAGUGAACCAAAAGCCAUCUGUUAACUACUUGAUGUUGGGCAUGUUUAAGGACGGUGAGGACAAUUGUUGUAAAUUCAACAACAUUGUUCCGACCAUGUUAGAGGUUGAGAAGCUUGGUCUGCGUGCAUACCUGGUCAACAGACUUGCACCACCACCCCAAACACACCAAGAGGAGGAAAAUGAAUAUGCAGAUUUUUCCACAACACCUCCCCAUAUAAGCCAGUUCAAUCAAAGGAAAAAGAAAAGGCUGCUCCAAGUGUCCACCGCGUUCCUGUUGACAAGCGUUCCUGUUGACGACGUAUCCACCAGCAAAUCAAUUGACCUCACAAGUUUGAGGCAGGAACUUAAUCAAUUUAAGCAGGAAGUGUUUGCUGAAUUCAAGGUUGUUUUUACUAAGCUCAAGGUUGUUUCUACUGAGAUCAAGGAUCUUCGCAAAAUUAUUGAUAAAAAUUUCGAAAAGGAUGAUGACAGUGAGACUCAAGAUCCUUUACAUGAUGGCAACAUACAUCAACAAGCUGGUGAUUACAUGGACCAUGGUGACGAUAUUCACAUGGAGACUGAUACGGGUGAUGUGCAUCCAACAGAGGAGAAGGGUCUUGCACCGGAUAUUCAAGUCGGUAUUGGCAAUGAUAGCGGCGAUACGCUGAAAGCUUCAACCGAAGAGAUUACGGAAGGAGGUGAUCUUUCAGGAGAACCGAAGACUUCGGUUGAACGUUCGGCUGAUCCAACAGAGGAAAAGGGUCUUGCACCGGAUAUUCAAGUUGAUAUUGGCAAUGAGAGCGGCGAUACGAUGGAAGCUUCAACCGAAGAGAUUGCAGAAGGAGGUGAUAUUUCAGGAGAACCGAAGACUUCGGUUGAACGUUCGGGGAAACAUACUGUGGAAGAGCAAAAAUGUUCUGAUGAUUCAAAUAAUUCCGAGAUGAUCGCACAGGUGCUAGCAAAUAUAGCAGAAUCAGUAAUGACUAACGAACAAUUUCAUGCGGAAAAAACCGAGGAAAACACCAGCUCAACUGUCUUAGAGGAACCCCAGGCAGCAGUUUGUAACGCGCAGCCGUUGUCUCAGUGGCUGUUGCCUGAUGAGUAUUUACCAAGCCAAACCCCAGGAAAAGAAAUCAUGUUACAUCCAUCAGUCACACGAGCUACACACCCCAGUAAAUACAAGUCUUCACCAUUUGUAGUAGUUCGGGGCAAGGAUCAUGUUCAUGUGUUUGAUAAAAAAUAUCCAUUCCAGAUAGAUCCCAUUACUGGUCCACUUGAUGUCCAGAUGGUGGAUGAAUACCGUACUUGGCUUCGAAACGGUCUGCUUGUGAGGCACAAUAGCAAAAAGAACUACGAAGACCAUUACAAAAAAAAGGCAGUUUUUGACAAUGGAGUCAAAUACAAUUUUGGCAUCACAACUGUCAAUGAUAAGAACUGGUUUUACCUGUUAUCGAUGGAUGGUCAGCUUUGGAAUGACGAGAGAGCUAUUUUUCAGGACAUUCGCACAUUGACAUCAUUUUCUAUUACUUUCGGAAGAAAGGAAAGUAUGAUAAAAGGAACAGUUUCAGCUUCACCACUGUUGACUGCCUAUUCAAGCAGAGAAUUGAUGUGGUCCACCACGCAUAUCGCAAUGUUUGAAACCCAGAAAAAUGUGGCAAAUGAAGAUCAAGUAUUGAUUGAGUAUGUUAAGGGCCACAGGCUUAUUGCCAAUGUCCCGUGGCAUACGGUUGACAACAUGCUAAUACCGGUGAAUAUACAAGAAGAAAAUCAUUGGCGUUUAUAUGUUUACAACUCGUAUCAAUCAGCGGGGCACAACGCAGUUGUUAGGAAUGAAAUAAAAAAGCUUGCUACACUUCUGCCACAUUUCCUACAUCUGGCUGGAUUCUAUGUAAAUCAAAAAAGCAUAGAUUUGGUGAAAGACCCAACAUAUGCGGAUAAGGGACAGAUCGAUAUUCUUGAAGUUGUCUAUGUUGAUAAUCUGCCGCAUCAAACUGUUGGUAGCACGGACUGUGGUGUCUUUGUGGCAGCGUAUGCUGAGUAUUUGACAUCGGGUGAAAGGAUUCCAGAUGUCAUUGAUGCAAACAUGCAGCGUAUGAGAUACGGUGCACUCUUAUGGGACUACGCUAAAGGCAAGGUUGCUGACAAUGCAGAGAGUGAUAAUGAAGUUCCACCAAGACCGAUUAGGCCAGCAAUCGAUUACGACACUGUAGAUGCAAUUGAUGUUUGA